AUGGCGCCUAAAAAGAAGCAGGAGAAGAUGAAUCUGGGGGAGUUCCUGACGAAUCAAUCGCUAGGAUCAUGGGCCGAUGAGAUGGAGACACAACCAAUGCCAGCCGCACCAUCAGGAGGCUACUCACGCGACCGCGAAGGUGGUGAGAGACGCGGCUUCACGCAGCCGGCAUGGGAGUCUGCAAGAAGCGGAAGCGGUUUCGGCGGAGGCAUGGGAGGCGGCAUGGGCAUGGGUGACAGGGGCGCGAGCUUCGGUACAACACCAACCAACACUCUCGAGCUGUCGCAGCCUCGGACUAACGGAUACACAGACCGCCCACGUUUCGGAGACCGCGAACAGCUACCUUUCCCCACCAAGCCACCGUACACGGCGCAUCUCGGUAACCUCACCUACGACGUCACCACCCCGGAGAUCGAAGACUUCCUCAAGGAAUGCCAAGUCACCAACGUUCGUAUUGUGGAAGACAAGCUGGACCACAAGCCCAAGGGCUUCGGUUAUGUUGAGUUCGCAACACCUGAGGGGCUGAAGAAGGCGCUCACAUACUCGGAGACGAACUUCAUGGGCAGAAAUGUUAAGAUCAGCAUUGCUGAACCACCAAAGGACCGCGGCGGCGACUCCUCGCGUGACUUCUCGGACUGGUCGCGCAAAGGUCCGCUUCCUGACCUCCCACAAAAUCAGCGCCAAGGCUCGAAUCGAGGCUUGCCUACCCGCAGCUUCAACGACAAUGCUUCCGACGCAGGCAGUGAGCGCGGUGGCGGUCGCAAGGGCUUUUUCGAGGGUGACGGCAAAGUACGCGACUUCUCAGAUUGGUCACGCAAGGGCCCUCUGUCACCCGUUCCCGGCGCUGGUCCACCAGUUCGCGACGGCGGCAGAGUGAGAGAAGGCCCGACCGAGCGGAGCCCAGCUUCUUGGGGAGAGGGACGUUCGGACGCAGGCUCAAGACCACCGCGCAGAGAGUUCGAGCCGAGGCCGUCGGUCGAGCGCGUCCCAACUGCAGCAGAGACGAACAACCAGUGGCGCUCAAGCAUGAAGCCGGACACUCCACCGGUCAGCACACCAGAAGCCUCAGCAGGCCCGUCAUCACCGGCCGCACCAGCGCCACCGAAGGAACGCCCAAGGCUGAACCUCACGAAGCGCACAGUAUCGACAGCCGAGGGUGAGCAAGCCACCAGCUCCGCGACCGACUCGAAGGCAUCACCAUUCGGCGCGGCUCGCCCUGUCGACACUGCGACGAAGGAGCGCGAGGCCGAGGAGAAGCGCCUAAUGAACAUGAAGCAAAAGCAAGAGGCAGAGGCCAAGGCCAGAGAGGACAAGGUGGCUCGCGAAGCCGCAGCUAGAACAGCGCGCGCCGAGCGUGCAGACCGUGGGCAGGCACAGGAGGACGACACCAAGGUCACAUCACCGACUUCGGAGAGCGGGAAGGGCAGACGUGCUUCGCGCCAGCAGAACGGCACAAAGCCAGCGCCAAAGGAGAAUGGCGAGACACCAGCAGCGCAGAAGCCCAGCUUCAGCAUUCUCCAGCGCGACACCGAGGGAGGUGACGAGGGUACCGAAGCGGCCGAGCAAGACGACGACGCCAACGGCAGCAUCGUCCACGACAAGGAGACGAAGCCACAGGAGCCAGUCGUCGAGAACCCGUCGAACGCAGGCGACGCCUCCGACCCAACUGCACAGGAGCUUGAGGAAGAGGGAUGGUCCACCGUCUCCAGCGCCAAGCCGAAGACUGGUCGUCGCACUGGCGGUGGUCGCGCGCUUGCCUCCUAG